CGCCGCCCCAGCCCGCCCGCUGAUCUAGUCAAUUGGGAACCCUGGUGCAAGAGGGCCAUCGUUGUUAGAACACGGGACGGGUGUGAUGGUGAUUUGGUCGACUUGUGGCGAUGGUAGGCCGAAGAAGCAUGAGGCACCUCCCUGGACGAGGUUGCCGGUGCAUGUGCCUGAUCCCGCCCUGGCGAGGACCCAUGUGCCGCCGGUGAGGCACUGGGGGAAGCCUUCGCCUGCCUGGGGGUCGUUGAGGUCGCACCCGAUGGGGGCGAUGCUCUCGCCCUCACCCGCUGUCGUCGUCGCGAAUGGAGGGCGCUGACCGAUACCUAUGUUCUGCAUGCACGCACACACACACACACACAGGCAGAGAGAGAGAGAAAGACAUACAUACCGAUGACAUGCAGCCCAUCCAUCCGUCCAUCGGAUGAGUGUGGUGCGUGUUUGGUGUGUUUAUUGAUGUUUACCGAGAAGUCAUCUACGUUGGCUGUGAUGGAUCCGAAAGUGCCGACCUCGGGCAGGACGCUGUUGGAGCCCACCUCGCCGGGAGUGCGCGAGAGCAACAACUGCGAGAUGGACUGAUCGAAGGGGAAGUUGACGAUCACGUUAGUGGUCGCAAGACCCUUGGAAUAGACGGGAAACCCGGCCUCGUCCAGGAAUACAAAUGUGUAGACGCCAUCGAAAUUCUGCGGCUCCAGCGACCGACCCGAAAUGCACCCCAACCCGCCCCUGUCGUUGACCGGCUCGCACAACGGCUGGUAUCCUGUCACCUCGAUGCACUCUGCACACAGCACACACAUUCAUGCAGUCAGUGAGUAGAGUGAGUGGGUCGGCGUGUCCAUGUGUGUUGACGGACGGACGGACAGGCGGGCGGAGAGAGAAAUGACACUCACGUGGGAAUCCGAACGAGUUGAGAUCCCCGCCGGGCGCGGGCGUCGUCACGACUGUCUCAGGGGGCACGGGGAAUGCCGAGUCCACAGGGCACUUGUCAGAGUUGGCGUUGCCAAUGAUCGCACACCUACACCACACACACACACACAUGCAUGGAGGCGAACAGGCCGAGCGGACCAUUUCCUCAACCAUGUGUGGGUCUGUCUAUGUGGGUCUGCCUGUGUGGGUGAAUGGGUGGCUUACGCGAUGGCAUCGACGAUUCGGUUCUGCACCUCAUCGUCGACAAUGCGCUGUGCUUCGGGCCGGUCGACGAGCUCCGACGUUUGCCACACCUGCAGAGAAGGAACAAAGUCCAAUACACAACGGACAGAUGAACAAACAGGUGGCGUGUGUUUCUUUGUUUCGACGAACGUUCUCUGUGAUAGACUUGGCGAACGUCCUGGCAGGCAGCCGCACAGACCACACAGCGUCCAACGAUCCACGUGUGAAUGGAUUGUGCCAAGCUGCUGACUAAUGCGCACGUACCAGAUGGGGUCAGUUUCGUUGACUUGGUAGAGGGGCGAUAGGGCGACCGUCGCCUGCUCAACCGCACUCACAAUCGGCUCCAGCUCCAACCUAUCAAUGUUCUCCUUCGUGAGAUACGCAGUGGCGAACUCCUAUAGACAGACAGACAGACAGCCACACACACACACACACACAUAAUACACAUUCAUUCCACAGCUGUGUCAUUCGGUGUGUGUGUCUCGUCUGACUGGCUGACCUCGAUGGAGUUGACGAUGUCGCCGAUGGCAUUCUGCACUUGCCCCACGGUACUGUUGACGUAUCUCUGUGUAAUGGGCACACCGAUGGCUCGCAGCGCGUCACCCAGUGUGGUGGAGGGCACCGCAUCCACGAGCUCAUCGAGCCGAGGGAAGACGCCGUCCUGGCCGGGCACGAUCGUCGGCACCACGAGGUUGGGCACCUUCUCUUGUGUGGGUGCCUCGGUGAUGGGCUUCUUGACCAGCUUGGCCACCGUGUCCUUGACGGGGUCGCCGAACGGCAGGAAGCCCUCGGCAUGUGCAGCCUCCUCGGGUCCUCUGUGCGGGGCACGGCGGUACCGCCGCUGCAGCUCUCGCCUCGUCUCCUCCUCCUCCUUGACGGCAUCCUGGUAGGGCUUCAGAAGCUUGAGCAGACCCGGCUCGUCGACGGAGGGGCGCUGGAUGGCCGGCUUGGUGAGCGGCUUGGUGAGCUUGUCGCCCUCGGCGGCCGCCUUGCGCUUGGGGAAGGAGAGCUUGACCUGCUUGCCGUCGGCACUGACGGCCACGCGGGGGUUCUCAAUCUCCAUCUGCUCGGCCAGCUUGUCAAACAUGGCGUCGAGCGCCUUCGUGGCGUUCUCAUCCUCCUCAUCUGCACCGUCGUCCUCGUUGUCGUCGGUCUUGUCGAGGCCGAGGUCAUCAACAAUGUCGGUCUUGUCGACGAUGUCCUGGACGAUAUCUUCGUAAAUAUCAAUGUCGGCCAGCCCCGUGUCCUCCUUGCCCUUGAAGAUAGUGUCGUUGAUGUCGACGAACGUGUUGAUGACGACAUCGAAGGUGUCAUCGACGGCGUUGUUGGUGAGGUUGCUGAGGAACCCGCUGAUAGUGAUGAAGCCGUCUUCGAGCAGGAUGGCGCUGUCGAGCACCUUGGGGAAGACAUUGAAGGGGUCACCGAAGAGGAGGUUCGGGAAAAGGGCCUGGAAGGUGAGGUCGAUCGUCUCGGACGCCAGGUCGCCCAGCGUGACGGCCGUGGGGACGAAGCUGAUGCGCGGCCCUUGUAUCUCGAACUUGGGCAGUGACUCGCCCGCCGAGCCGAUGUGUUGGUUGACAGCCCUCAGCUGAUUGAAGAUGGCAUUGGUGAACCGCUCGACGGUCUUGUUAAAGAAGCGGUCGUUGGGGAAAUCCUCCUUGAUGGGCUCGAGAGCCGCAUUGACAGCGUUGUCAACCACCGCAUACGCCUUGGCGACGGGGCAGCUGCCGCCGCAGAUCUUGCGAGCAAUCUGACCAUUGGCCGCCGAGCCGAGGAGGAGCAGGCCGAACAGAGGCAGCAGUAGUACUCGGCUACCCAGCAGCCCCUUCAUCCCGCUACUCUCGCUCACUCGCCUUCUACGU